AAAAGCAGAUAAAGAAGAGAUGGAGCGAUCUGAGUAAUGCUGAGCAGCAGAGAGGAUCUUUGAGUGAAGAUCAGGAUGAACAGAAUACCCAAGAAAUAUGCCUGUAAGCUGACUCUGGAUCAGAACACGGCGCACCGGAGACUCCAGCUCUCCGACAGCAACACCCGGGCCGUGCACCAGGACGAUGACCUGCCGUAUCCGGAUCACCCGGACCGGUUCUGUCACUGGGAGCAGGUUCUGAGCGUGGAGAGGCUGACUGGGCGGUGUUACUGGGAGGUGGAGUGGACGGGGAGGGUGGAGGUGGCGGUCUGCUACGCCGGGAUCCGGCGGCGAGACGGCAGCGACUGUCUGUUCGGAUUAAACGAUCAGUCCUGGAGACUCUACGGCUCGCGGGACGGGUACAACGCCUGCCACAACAACCACCUCACCCCCGUACAGACCCCCCUCACCUGUUCCGGCAGAGUCGCCGUUUACCUGGACUGGGAGGCGGGACAACUCACCUUCUACAGCAUCUCUCCCAGAACCCACGCCCUCAUCCCCCUGCACACCUACAGCACCACCUUCACCCAGCCGCUGCUCGCCGGCUUCAGAGUGUACGAGUACUCCGCCCUGCAGAUCUGUGAGAUUAUAUAAUCCCUUUAUAUACCCAGGAGUCGGGGUUACCAGUACUCCGCCCUGCAGAUCUGUGAGAUUAUAUAAUCCCUCUAUAUACCCCGGCUUCAGGGUGUACCAGGACUCCGCACUGCAGAUAUGUGAGAUUAUAUAAUCCCUUUAUAUACCCCGGCUUCAGGGUGUACGAGUACUCCACCCUGCAGAUAUCUGAGAUUAUAUAAUCCCUUUAUAUACCCCGGAGUCAGGGUGUACGAGUACUCCGCACUGCAGAUAUGUGAGAUUAUAUAAUCCCUAUAUAUACCCCGGAGUCAGAGUGUACCAGUACUCCACCCUGCAGAUAUCUGAGAUUAUAUAAUCCCUUUAUAUACCCCGGAGUCAGAGUGUACCAGUACUCCACCCUGCAGAUAUGUGAGAUUAUAUAAUCCCUUUAUAUACCCCGGAGUCAGAGUGUACCAGUACUCCGCACUGCAGAUAUGUGAGAUUAUAUAAUCUCUUUAUAUACCCCGGAGUCAGGGUGUACGAGUACUCUGCCCUGCAGAUCUGUGAGAUUAUAUAAUCCCUUUAUAUACCCAGGAGUCGGGGUUACCAGUACUCCGCCCUGCAGAUCUGUGAGAUUAUAUAAUCCCUCUAUAUACCCCGGCUUCAGGGUGUACCAGGACUCCGCACUGCAGAUAUGUGAGAUUAUAUAAUCCCUUUAUAUACCCCGGCUUCAGGGUGUACGAGUACUCCACCCUGCAGAUAUCUGAGAUUAUAUAAUCCCUUUAUAUACCCCGGAGUCAGGGUGUACGAGUACUCCGCACUGCAGAUAUGUGAGAUUAUAUAAUCCCUAUAUAUACCCCGGAGUCAGAGUGUACCAGUACUCCACCCUGCAGAUAUCUGAGAUUAUAUAAUCCCUUUAUAUACCCCGGAGUCAGAGUGUACCAGUACUCCACCCUGCAGAUAUGUGAGAUUAUAUAAUCCCUUUAUAUACCCCGGAGUCAGAGUGUACCAGUACUCCGCACUGCAGAUAUGUGAGAUUAUAUAAUCUCUUUAUAUACCCCGGAGUCAGGGUGUACGAGUACUCUGCCCUGCAGAUAUCUGAGAUUAUAUAAUCUCUUUAUAUACCCCGGAGUCAGGGUGUACGAGUACUCCGCACUGCAGAUAUGUGAGAUUAUAUAAUCCCUUUAUAUACCCAGGAGUUGGGGUUACCAGUACUCCGCCCUGCAGAUAUCUGAGAUUAUAUAAUCCCUUUAUAUACCCAGGAGUCGGGGUUACCAGUACUCCACCCUGCAGAUAUCUGAGAUUAUAUAAUCCCUUUAUAUACCCAGGAGUCAGGGUUACCAGUACUCCGCACUGCAGAUAUGUGAGAUUAUAUAAUCUCUUUGUAUACCCAGGAGUCGGGGUUACCAGUACUCCACCCUGCAGAUAUGUGAGAUUAUGUAAUCCCUAUAUAUACCGCAGAGUCAGAGUGUACCAGUACUCCACACUGCAGAUAUGUGAGAUUAUAUAAUCCCUUUAUAUACCCAGGAGUCGGGGUUACCAGUACUCCACCCUGCAGAUAUGUGAGAUUAUGUAAUCCCUAUAUAUACCGCAGAGUCAGAGUGUACCAGUACUCCACACUGCAGAUAUGUGAGAUUAUAUAAUCCCUUUAUAUACCCAGGAGUCGGGGUUACCAGUACUCCACCCUGCAGAUAUGUGAGAUUAUGUAAUCCCUAUAUAUACCCAGGAGUCGUGGUUACCAGUACUCUGCACUGCAGAUAUGUGAGAUUAUGUAAUCCCUAUAUAUACCCAGGAGUCGGGGUUACCAGUACUCUGCACUGCAGAUAUGUGAGAUUAUAUAAUCCCUAUAUAUACCCAGGAGUCGUGGUUACCAGUACUCUGCACUGCAGAUAUGUGAGAUUAUGUAAUCCCUAUAUAUACCCAGGAGUCGGGGUUACCAGUACUCUGCACUGCAGAUAUGUGAGAUUAUAUAAUCUCUUUGUAUACCCAGGAGUCGGGGUUACCAUCGGUUUACAGUGCAUGUGCUACCAAAACCACCAUUAAACCAUUCCCAGUACAGCUGAUCGUCCCAGUACAACUGAAACACUACAAAAAGCUUCUGAUUACAGCUGAUCCAGCUUCUAGUGCAGCCCAAAUUCCGUUUUGUUUUUUUAAGUCUGUUUAUUGUUUAUUACAGAAUAUCAUGUGUUAUAACGUCUUGCACAUUAAUGUUCACUAAAUUAAAUAAUGAAAAUAAAGAAGUGUUAAAACUGGAUGAGA